CGCACAGCCAGUCCAUCCACCUGCAGGGGCUCACCUCUUCUAUUAGGACCAGACUCCACUGGAGCGAAAACUCUACUGCACUGACACAGUCCCAUAUAAUGUUCUCCUUGAGCUAAUGAUGUCCAGUAAAGUUUUCCAAGGUCAUCAGGAAUGCCAGCCAGAGAAACCACCACUGGACAACAUUACACAGGAAGACAAUUCCAUGUUCAAAAUCAUAACUUUCACAGAGGAACCACUUCACACAGGAUACACACUGAGUAGUCUGAUAAAUAUCAUUGCUUUUCAAAGAAGUAAGAACAGCACAUGGGAGAAGAAACGAUUAUGCAGUGGAGAGAAGUGUUAUUAUUUUUCAUGUGAAUUGAAAACCUAUGAAGAGAGUAGAAAGUUCUGCAAGAAAUUUUAUACCACACUUCUUAAGAUAGAAGAUGAAAAAGAAUUGAAGUUCACUCAAAGCCAACUGUCCUCUAAGUCCUAUUACUCUUGGAUUGGAUUGACCCGUAAAGGAGCCAACAAUUUUGGGACAUGGGAAGAUAACUCAGCACCCUCAUUAACCUCACUGUUCUUUAUCACAAACAACAGGCAACAGACAAAGGUUGGAAGGUGUGUGAUGAUAGCAGCAAGGAAGAAGAAUGUUUCUGACUGUUCUGGCUCCACAUACCAUGUUUGUGGAAAGAAGAAUGCUGGUCAUGCUACCUAAUAAUGAGAACAAAAAAGCAACCACAGAAGACAAGUGCAGAAAAUUUACUUUCUAAUAACUCAGCUUCUUGGAAGUCCUAGUAUCUCUAUAUCACUUCAGAAUAUCCUGUUUUUUUUUAAAGGACUACCAGUAUUCUAGCUUCUGCAUGUGAUAAAGCUGGAAUAGUGGGUACAUCACAAUGAGAUACACCAGACCCUGCACUUCGGCCCUGUCAAAUUACCAUGAGUAUGAGCACAGGGUGAUGGAGAAAAAGAGUGUGAGUGCU